AUGGCCUUGCAGGCAGUCGGAGCUGCAUGGUUGGUGGAGCAGCCAAUUUCCAGUUUGGCAUGGUAUCAUCCACGUUUACGGAGCAUUCUUAGACACUUCACCAAGGUCUACGUUUGCCGGUGGUGGAUGGGGCAUUACAUGGGUUGCACCCCCAAGAGGCAUAUUUGCUGGGCAAACUGCAGAAAGAUUGGUGGAUUAGACCGUGGGGCCUUGACCAAACCCCAAAGAAAGGAAAUUGCCAAGAUUGGCGUCAAAAGUGCCACCGUGAAAGUCAACCGAAAAGGCCGUAAGGCAUACUCGGGCACUUCCAAGCUUCGCUCCACUGGGACUUAUCCUCCUCAUUUUGGACUACGGCUAGUCAGACUUUACCCUCACCUGAUCCAGUCUCGCUCUGAGCCGCCUGAAAUUCCUUUGGAAUUGGCUUCGGUGGCGACCCAGGAUUUCUUUGACAGCCUCUCAUGGGAUGGUGAUUUGUGGGAAGAUGGACAAAUGUUCUCUGUGCUUUCUUAUGCACGGGGAAAUGAAGAAGAGGAAGACAAUGAGGAAGAUACAGAGUAUCCUCAGACCGAUGUUGGUGCUGGGUUUGGGGGUGAGUCUGAGGAGGAUGAGCCUGGCUCAGAGGCAGCCAAAAACAAUAGGCUGAGACGCCUGUGUGAAAUCAAACCCUCAGGACGUUGUCAUGUUCCGGAGGAUGUGCACUUGCGCUGGAAGAAAGGUGGUGCUGAAAGGAUGGCAUUGCGUGAUGAGCUUGAGAGCUGUGGGUGGGACAAGGACAAGUUUGUCACCACACUGACAAGGCAAAGGGAAAAGCUUUCAAAGGUUACACGCACAAAGAAGCGAGGACGGUACACAAAAGAGAAGAUGCGAACAAAGCUGGGUUGGUCGAAGAAGUACAUCGACGAUGUCGUCAAGUACUGUGAAAAGAAAGGGAACGAGAGCCUCAUCCGGAAAGACAAGUACAACCGCAGCAUCAGCAAGUACCAUGUGGAUGUUGAUGAAGAUGACGAUGAAGUGAGUGAGGACUUGGAAAGAGAAGUCAAGGUGUCGUGCAAGGAUGUGAAAAACCCAGUGAAGUUCAAGAGCCUUAAGCCCAAAAGGACACGGGAGGAUUUGGCACCAAAGCAUCGAGAUGAGAGCGAUGAUGAUGAUGAUGAGCCAAAUGAUGCCGAGCCAGUCACGGGGGUUCAGGAGCAUAUUGCCCUCAAAAAGUUUGGAGACUCCUUGCUUUCCAAGAACAAGAAGCUCAGUGAUUUGUCGGGCCAACUGGAUGAAGCCAUGGCUGCAUCUGAUGAGACUAGCCCACACCAAGACCGAGUUACCAAGUCCCAGCAGAACUUGGAGCACGCAAUGCAGAUCCUGGAGACGGAGUUUGAGGCAGUGGAGCAGACCAAGGCUGAAGUUAGCGGGCUUCAGAAUGGAAAACUUUCUGAGCUGGCUGCAAAGGCGUUGAUUUGCAAAGUGGAGGAACAGAUCAAGAAGUCUCAGCGUGCAUGUGCCAAAGUGGUCACUGCUGAGGAAUGUUCUGAAAAUGUUGUGGAAGUGAUCCUGGAAGGGCGCAGUCAUGGGACGGGCAGCCUAGCAACGCCAGGGACUGUGGUCGCCGUGAUGACCAACCAGGGCGUGUCCUCCAGCACCUUGCGAACUUCGCAGCCCGUGGGGCCCAUGCCCCAGUCAGCAUUCCUGCGCCAGGAGCCUAUGGCCCACGUGGUUGGUCUGGCAGCUGCAGAGGUGCAAGAAAACCCGCAUGCCACUAGGGCAAUGCAGGAGUUUGCUUCCAUUAGGGAACGCGAUGCUGAACAAAGGGCCCAUGUGGUUUUGGAGAAGCAUGGCCUCACGGCUCCUAUCAAGAUAGACACUGUUGACCUCAUGGAUGCCAAACGUUUCAAAAGUUUUCCAUACAUCAAAUUUUCGACUUGGGUGAAAUAUUUGUUGGAUACAGGGCGUCUCCCUCGGCAGCUAUGUGCUUGUGAAAAUUUGCUAAGCAUGGAGGUGAAGCUAGAAGAAUUUUGGAGGCGCUAUGAAAGCAUUCACCCCACCCACGAAAUUUUUGCUAUGCGGGAUGCUGGCACUGUCGAUCUGAGACAUACCAUACCUGUUUACAGCCACUCUGAUGAGGGCAGAUCCCUGAAGAAACAACCUCUAUGGCUGCUAAGCACUCAUGGUGCUUUGGGUAGAGGAACGCGAGCUUACUUGAAAAAACAAAAGGACAAAGUUCCUUUGAAGCGAUGCGGCCUUGGGUUGAAUUUCUGUGGCCACACUUGGAGCACCAAUUUUUUGUUUGCGAGCAUGCUGCGGAAGCUUUACAAAAAGGAACCUCAGGCUUUGGACAAUUUGGUCCGCGUCUAUGCACAAGACAUGGAGGAUUUGCUUGUGAAUGGGGUUUGGAGUAGUGAUGGUUCGACACAUCAGGAAAACCGCUUUGGGAAGGCACAUUAG